GCUGCCAACUCUCACGGUUUCACUGUGUGACACACUCUUUUGCCUGUUUACACACGCACACAUGCCACACAUCCAAUUUCUCACGGCAAAAAAAAAAAUAUAUAUGUAUAUAUUUUGAGACGCGUUCGUUCCUUUCCAAACUACCCGACGGUAGAUGGCGCUGUUGAGCGCCACUCAACCUGCAUCCGAAGUUAGCGACAGAAGAAUAGUGAGACGGCGGGAAAAACUACCUCGAGAAGUCAGAUGGGAAUGUAAACUCUCAUCUGAGACGUUACUUACAAGGUAUGUUACAAUGAAAUGCAUUUCAAUUGAGAACUCACUCUCUUAAACUUUAAAUCUUGAAAUUAUUUGUUUGUGUUUGUGCGUGUCUGUGGACUUGAUUUAGUGUGGUGACCUUAACAUAAAUAAUAGGCUACAAGAAAUGUGUGCAAUAGAAGUAGGCAUGUUCUUAUAACUGAGAGUAGAGUUAUUAAACCAACAUGAUCGCCAUUUUAAUUCUUUAAGGUUUCAAAGAUGUCCCGUAAGAGACCUUUGACAGGACAAAAGCGAAACCUUUUAUUUUAUUUAAAGAAGCAGCCAAGUGAAAAAAGACAGAGAAACACAAUGACAGAACAGCCAGAACAGCCAGAACCACUGACAGGACAACAGACAGAGGAGCAACACACGGGACAGAGGGAGCAGGAGACAGGUCAGCGAGAGCUACAGCCAGGACAGACUGACAAACAUGCAGAGGAGCAACAGACAGGACAAAUAGAAGCACAUGCAGAGGAGCCACAGACAGGACAAAUAGAAGCACAUGCAGAGGAGCCACAGACAGGACAAAGAGAAGCACAUGUAGAGGAGCCACAGACAGGACAAAUAGAAGAACAUGCAGAGGAGCAACAGACAGGACAAAUAGCAGGACCAACAGAGCAGAUGGAAGAAGACACAGAGGGACAGACAGAAGGGUCUCCCCCAAUCCAACACCAGGGCCAGAAGAGUCGUGCUCUGGCUGGAGCAGCAACAUAUAGAUCCAUUUUCAAAAAUGAGUGGACCUCUUCAUGGCCAUUUAUUACGAGAGGGACCCUCAUCACACACUACUGGUGUGCAGUGUGCCGAAUUGAAAACUCCUGUUGCCACCAGGGUGUGACAGAUGUAGUGCGCCACAUAAAAACCAAAGGCCACCAAGAAAAGCAACGGGCUCUCCAGUCCUCAGCCACAAUAUCACAAUAUGCAAUGCCCAUUCCCUCUGUUGGGGGCAUGUCUGCACAAGAUGCUAAGGUAUGAUAUGUGUAAUGGUCCUGUCAAGGUUCAGUCAAGAGUUGUGUGUUAUAGUUGAUCACGGUAAAGUCAUGGUUGAUAGUUCUGACUAAUUUGUGUUUUGUAGUGUAGUACAGUAGAAUUUUCUUAAUUUGAGAUCUUAGUUGCUGAAUGUGUUUUUUACCUGUGGCCAAUUAUUGCAGGUGAUUUGAAAUAAAUGAUGGUCUUUUGGGUUAGGGCUAAUCAUUUUUAAUUUCUUACAGACAAGAAGAGCUGAGGUCAAAAUGACAGCUGGGUUGGUAGUUCACAACAUCCCCCUAUAGCCUUUGCGGACCACCUAGGGCCUCUCCUAAAAGAAUGUUUCGGAGAUUCGAAGACAGCACAGGAGUACAGGUGUGCUAGGACAAAGUCAUCCUGCAUUACCAAUGAAGCAAUAGCGCCAUAUUUCACACAGGAGCUUGUGAAGGAGAUGAAAAAAGCCCCCUAUACCCUUGUUACAGAUGGGUCAAAUGACACUGGAGUGGCAAAGAUGAACCCGCUUACUGUCCGGGUCUUCAUGGGCAGAAAAGUUGUCCACCAGUUCUUGAAUAUGUGCACAACAACUGUGACGAGAUGUGGGACAGCAAGUGAGAUCUUCACCAAAAUGAACACCACCUUAGAGGAGCAUGACAUCCCUUGGGAGAACUGCAUUGGUCUCUCAGUCGAUAAUGCAGCUGUGAACGUUGGAUCACGUAAUUCCAUUGCCUCUAGGGUCCUCCAAAAGCAUCCCAACACCUAUAUUCAUGGUUGUCCUUGUCAUGUGGCACAUAACACCGCCAAAGCUGCAGGAGUGGGAUUUUUUAAAGUGUCCCAUUUUGAUUUGGAGGACAUGAUAGUGGACAUCGGUUACUGGUUCAAGGGUAGCACAAAUCGGAAAGGAUACCUGAGAGAGUUUUGUGAGCUCCAUGAAGCGGAGUACAUGGAGGUCCUCCUCCAUGUCUCGGUUCGUUGGCUAAGCCUUGAACGCUGUGCGACCAGGAUCCUGAGGCUUUAUGAACCUCUGGCCAGCUACUUCAAAUCUGCUGAUGAAAACCAGGCCAGGUUCAAGAGGCUUGUGCAGACGUUCACUGACCCCAUGACAGAAGUGUACCUGCUGUUCUUUCAAGCCACCGUUCCAACUUUCACUACUUUCAACUUGCUUCUACAAAGAGAGCGGUCAUCAAUAUUUAUGUUGUAUGAUGAGAUGGAGAAAUUUGUACGCAAGCUUUGUUCAAAGUUCAUUGUUCCAGCAGCUCUGCAGGGCCUUGAGGAGCCUGGUGACAUUGCCUUUGGGGAGACGGCAAACCAUUUGCCAGGAAGAAAGUUGAACAUUGGGUUCACAACCAGGGCUAAACUCAACAGGCUACUUGACGAGGGUGACAUCACACCACAGCAGGUGGAUUCAUUCCAUGAAGCUGUGUUAUGUUUCCUGACAAGUGCUGUGGCCUAUGCACUAAAGAAGCUGCCACUGAAAGAGCCACUGCUCAAACAUUCAAAAUUUGUAGACGUACGGCAGAGGGCUGAAAGUGACAUCGGAGAUGUCCUGUACUUUGUUGAAAGGUUUCCCCAUCUCCUCCCAUACCAUGGUCCAGAGGAGCAUGACCUUCUGGGUGAGGAGUUUCUAAGUUAUCAGACCAUGCCAAUGAUAUCCCUGCAGGAUGAAACUGAAAUGGAAAGCUUCUGGGCUGAAAUGGCAACCCGGAAACAUAAGGUGACAGGAGCCAACGAAUUUCAGAGGCUUGCUGCCGUUGCCAAGCUGGUCCUGGUGUUGCCCCAUUCCAACGCAGACGCUGAGAGGGUGUUUUCAGUUGUGGGACUGAACAAAACCAAGACCAGAAACAGCCUAGCACUGGAUGGCACCCUGUCCUCAAUAAUGACCAUAAAGAUGGCCGACCUGGAGCCCUGUUUCAAAUGGGAGCCCCCCUCAGAUGUCCUCAAGGCCUCCAAGAAGGCCACAGGCCAGUAUAACCGUGCCCACAGAUCAUAGACGAGGACUAGCUUCUGAUCUGCAUCUGAUACGGAUGACUUCAUUUUUUGUUAUUUUUGUAAUGCAUUCAUCUUUUAUUGCUUGAAAAAGUUGUACUGUUUGAGCACUGUUUCUAAUGGACCAUGUGGUGGGAGGCUUUGAAUGAAGAAUAAUUGAUCUCCCUAACUAAUCUUGUCGUUUUUGGCUGAACAUAAAUCAUUAAGUGCUCUUAAGAAUACAAUUAUUCACAACAUAGGUUAGGUUUCAGUUCAGAAUUUGUUUAAUACCAUUGUUGUGGUCAAAAUAUCAAUCAACCUACCUAGGUCAAAUCUUACACUGGUCUAUGAAUAAGGCUAUGUUGUGACACAUAGGCAGUCAUUUAGGCACAACAAUAGUUUUCUGGUUUAAUGUCCAACUCCAGACUAGGCCCUACAAGUCCUGAUGCCAAACAUGAAUCAGAAUAAGUUCAGGUAUUGCACAUCUUUAGCAGACCACCCAAAAAUCCACUAUAAUGAAGGAAAUCAC